AUGCUCCUCUCCUCCUCCCAAGUCUCCGCCGUCAUCACCACCUUCAUCAUCAUAUCCUGCACGACGGCCCUCUUCCUCAGCGGCUACGUGCUCCAGCAACGAACCGUCAGCCAGCUGCGCGCCGCCAUCCGCCAACACCCCCUCAAUCCCUCCCCGCGCCCCAAUCUCCCCGACCGCUUCCGCUCGACGACGACCGAGCUCGACGACGGCACGAUCAUCGUCCUCGAAUCCGAAGCCCAGGCCGAGGCACACCAGCGCGACCCCGUCGUCGUCGAGGUGCGCCCCUCGGUCCCAGACCCCGCAGCAGCGGCGCCGGCGCGGCAGCCAAAGGGCCUCGCGCCCUCGCCCCACGACGAGCUGGCCGCCGCGCUGCGCGCCGCGCGAACAAGCCUCGAGGCGGCGCACGACCUGAGCGAGCGCGAGCGCAACGUGAGGCUCCUGUCCGAGAAGAACCAGCUCAACCCGGACCCGUCGGCCGAGGACCAGAAGCCCAUCAGCCUGGCGCAGAGGCGGCGCCUCAUCAAGGAGGAGCUGUUUCGCCUCUCGCACGAUGACAAGCCUGUGCACUACCAGCGGAGGCUGCACUAG